ACUCUUCUUUUUUCCGAAUCCAGCGCGAAAAGAUCUGCUUGGUGUACUGCUAACCAACAAUCGUGAACAGAUAAAGCACACACACACACACAACUCGAGCAAGAUGUUCGAGAACUGGCCGGCCUUUGGCAGCCUUCUGGUGGCCAUUGUGGCCUUUCUCCUGGUGUCGCCGUGGGCCUGGGCCCUCAAAGAGGCGCCCUCCCAGGAGCCCCGGACGACGAUCGGCUGGUGCCGAGUUUGGCUUUCGACCAUUCUCGGAUUGCUCUUCCUGCUGCCCUUCCGUGUCGUCUGGGUGGUCUGCCACUGGAGCACCCUCGUGGACUUUGGCCGUGUCCUCGUCGCUGGUUCCGCAAACGACGGCGACUGGUUGAUCAAGGCAUUCAUGAAGGCUUGGCGGGGCUAUCGCUAUGGCAGCCAGCACGUUCCCGACUUGGAGUUGGCAUUGACAGUCACCUCCAACCCACCCCUGCCGCUGCCGCUGCCGCUGCCCGACCGCGGCCAACCUUUGUUGGAGAUGCUCGCCGACCAAGGCCUCACGUCGUCGCCCACAACCCAGCAGCAGCAGCAGCCGCCGCCCGCCACCAGCCCUGGCCACGCCGACACGUCCAACCUCCGGCACAGAGGGAGCGUGGCUCCAGGCUCGGGGCAAGAUGGAAUGGAAUUUUGGGAGACAUAAACUGCGGUGGGGGCUUUGGCCGCAUUCUUUUCUCACCUUUUUCUUGUUUCUUGUGCUCGCCGUCGUCUGUUUUUUGGUCUGGGCUUUCUUGUUUUUGAUUUACGGUAUUUUUACCCGCUAACGCAGAAACGCACUGACAUGGCAGUUGCUCCGGCGGCCAGUGAAGCGCCACCAGCCC